AUGUUGUUUAGAUUAAAGCCCUUAAUAUUUAUAUCGUGUUUAGCGCUUUCUCUGAGUUAUUUUCAUGACUUAGCAGAUAAUAAAGUAUAUGCUGAUGGACAAAUUGAACAUUCAUAUUUACAACUUGGGAAACCGAGGUGUCUUUCAUGUUUUUCGGGAAUUGGGGGGAGAAUUAGAGGUUGCUUUGGCCGUUUGUUUUGUAUAAAUCGGGGAGAUGGUGGCGACGGAGAAUACGAUGGUUAUCAAAGCCAUAAUAAUAAAAUGCCACUUCAAAAAAACAAAGUUACCAGAUGUGGAAUUAAACUUAGGGCAACUAAAAGUAGUUCAAAAAGGAAUGACCCUAAUGUUUCAGAUUUGGUUAUCGAAAACGAACAUACAGAAAAUACCCAAGGUGUGGGUGCGGAAGAUAACAAUUUGCCUGACCAAGGUAAUGAGGAAACUCAAGGUAAUGAGGGAACUCAAGGUAAUGAGAGAACUCAAGGCAAUGAGGGAACUCAGGGCAAUGAGGGAACUCAGGGCAAUGAGGGAACUCAGGGCAAUGAAGGAACUCAAGGCAGUGAGGGAAUUCAAGGUAGUGAGGGAACUCAAGUUAAAUCAAGCUUGGGAGGUCAGUCUUAUAGACCAAUACCCAAACCUCGGAAUAAAGAUAAGAAAGGUUUAGAGGGAAAACCAACUCCAAAACCACGUACAAUAUUUUUUAAUAUGAAUUGA